AUGUCUGGCCCCGGCGAUGGAUAUAAUGACAGCCACCGCGCAUUCCUGCAGGCGUUCAUGUCGCGGUCUACGAUGACGCUGGAAGAGGCGAAACCUGUCCUCGCUGCCAUAUUUACUGUGAGCGAAGGAAGGGAAGUCUUGCCUGGAGACAUCACGCAGACCGACCUGAACACCUACAUUGCUGCAACCAACACGGCCAUAUCAGCGUUUGACCUCGAAAUACGCAGCACUGCCCAUCAAACCCAGCAGACCCGGGUGUAUGCCCUCAUAAACACCACUAGUGAUCCACUGAUGCAACUCGCCACGACAUAUACCGCGGACGAGAUCGCCUAUGUCAAGCGAUUGCUCAACGCCAUGUUCGAAUCGAACAAUACUUCCCGCUGUGAAGCAAUGGUCGUUUCUUCUAUCGAAGCCGUCAGACUUGCUCGCACAGUAACCAGCUCCAACGCCAACCGCAGACAGUCGGAGGCAACCUCGCAAGGUGGUGUAGCGCAACCGUUGAGCAUGAAGGAUGCCGAAGACAUGCUGAGACGGCUGGUAGCCGAAGGCUGGCUGGAGAGGAGUCGCCAGUCGUACUAUAGCCUCAGCCCCCGAGCACUAAUGGAAUUGCGCGGGUGGCUGGUUGAAACUUACAAUGAUGAAGACGACAUUAAUGAAGGCACACCCAGAAACGAUAAGAUUAAGAUGUGUUUUGCAUGCAAGGAAAUUAUCACUGUGGGUCAACGAUGCCCGAACCGUCAAUGUUCCGGCCGCUUGCACCAAAACUGCAUCCGCAACUUCUUCCGGCUGCAACAAGCUGAAGUUUGUCCCGUUUGUAAGACCAGCUGGACCGGCGACUGUUUUGUUGGCGAGCGCGCAAUCACGUCGCAGCAGCCUCAGGGGAGGUCACGGCCUUCGGCUGCCCGAGCUGCUGAGGAUGAAGAUUGA